UAAAUGCUGUUGAGACGCGUUUGACGCAAGUAGUUUAUUAUGCUCCUACUCCUCGCUGUUCUUCUCUUUCCGGGUGUUGCAUCAAACGUCACUGAAGUCUGUAAUGGUGCGACUUGGGACGCUGAUUGCGGCCCCAACAACCGUCUUAUAAUCCAAAACGCUGAUUACGGGCGAAUGGAAGUGGGUCAUUGCGUCAAGUAUAGCCUCGGUCAUUUAGGAUGCUCAAAGCCGGUCACGGAUAUACUUCAUAAUUAUUGUAGUACCAAAAGGGAAUGUCAUAUUAAGAUACCAACUAAAGAGAUGGAAGAUCGUAAACCUUGUUUCGGAGAAAUGAAAGUAUAUCUUAGAGUUACUUGGACUUGCCUUCCAAUGGUUGAAUACUGUAAUCCCAAAAAAUUACCCUAUUCAGGAAUUUUAACAAAAAACUUUUGCAAAACUACAACAUUAAAGGCUGGAAAAGGUCAAAAGUUCAGUAUCAGCUCUCUAGUUAUACAAGACAAUUCAAAAACAACAAGAAUCUGUAAAAGUCACGUGAUUAUAAAUCAAAGAAGAUACUGUAUUCCAGCAAGUAUAGGACUUCACCAGCUCGAAAUUGACGAUGCGGAAAAGAUGACGAUCGAAUUUGAGGAGCAAGCUGUUCUAGUUUAUUCAAUAUUGGGCUGCGAGACGCCUUCGCCAAAAGACGGUUUCGUAAUUCGACGCCAAGACAUAUAUUUAUCGACGAGAUGCGAGCAAGACGAUCGAAUGCAUCAAGCUGUCUGUGUCAGAAAUCAGUGGAAAGGUGAAAUUGCUAAUUGCACUACGCAAGGCAAGGCCGUAGCCGUUAAUGAAGACAAAUCGAAAACGGAUAAAAGAAUUUCUAUAAUAUUAACGGUUGUCGCCGCCGUUCUUAUAGCCUUCGUCGCACCAUUUGCUGUGUUAUGUUACUGUAAAAGGAAAAUGAGACUAAAAGAUAGUGAUAUCAUAUACGUUCCUAGAGAGGCACAAAAAUAUCCAGCGCCAUCUACUUGUAAGCACGAUAGAAUGGAUCAUAUCUACGAAUAUCCUAAUUGGAAUAAUGUAAUGUAGUUUCUUUAUAGGCAUUCUCUUUAGAUCUAAAUACGAUUCAUACUGUACCCAUAUACAUAUAUAUAUAUAUACUGUAUAAACCUUCGUGUACAAACUCUAAUUGAAACGAAAUACUCAUUUUUAUCUAUGUUGUUUCUUUUUGAUAAUUGACAUCUUUCCAAGUAUAAAUGCAACAAGAAGACAAUAUUUUAACAAAGUACUAAACGAGGAUAACAGCUUCUAUAUAUGUAUAUAUGUACUGUUUGUACUGUAUUAAUACAGUAUAUCACAAACGUGACCUUUAUUACUUAAUACCUUUUCUUUUUUACUAUCAUUAUUGUUUGUUAUAAAUUACAGAUAUAACUCUUUUACAUGAUUUAUCAAUCAUUUUCAAAUGUUUCGUACAAAUACAUUUCAGUUAUGAUAUCAUUACAUAUAGUCUAUUAUUUAAGAAUAUACGUGUUUAUUAAAAUAGCCGAUAGAUGGGGCCAUUAGCCCCACAAGUUAUAUAUAUACUAUAUAUUCCAUUAUAAGUUUGUUUAUGUAUUAAAAUAUAUUGAAAUUAUUAUUUAAUUUAUAUGUUUAAUUAAAAAAAUGUUGAUUUCUGUAAAAAUUUAAUAAAAC